AUGCAGGCGGUGCCCCCGCCGCAUCUGAACAAGAACACCGAGUGGUUCAUGUACCUGGGGGUCUGGACCACCCACAUCUUCAUCCUCUUCGUCUCCUGGCUCAUCAUCCUCUCCAUCUUCGGUUGCACCCCCGGCAUGGACUGGACGCUCGUCCACCUCGGCCACUUCACGGUUACAUACCACUUCUUCCACUGGAAGAAGGGAACUCCAUUCGCUGAUGAUCAGGGGAUGUAUAAUAGGUUGACUUGGUGGGAGCAAAUGGACAACGGCAAGUAGCUUACUCGCAACAGAAAAUUUCUUGUUGUGGUUCCUGUAGUCCUCUAAGUGUUAUUCUGUUUCAAUUUUAUUAAUACUGCUUUUGGGAGCUUAUUUGACA